AUGAAUUCAUCCACGAACCGAAUAGCAAAUAUUAUUAUUGAUUGUUCGAUUAUUUCUUUAACUUCAAUCAGUAUUUGUAUUUCAACUGUAGUCUUCGGAUUUAUACUUUAUUAUUUAAUCAAAAUUAAAAAUUCUCCUAAUCAACUCGCACUUCUUUUAACAGGGAACGUGUAUUUAUCCAUUCUUUUUUCUUGUAUAUUACUUCUGAAAGAGUAUGUUCGUAUUUUACCAGGACAUCUUUAUUCAAUAAACUCAUUAAAUGAUGGAAUUUAUUGUGAAAUUCGUGCUUAUUUUUUAUGGGCAUCCAAUUGUACAAUAUAUUAUUCAAUUACACUUCAAUCAUUUCAUCCUUUAUGUCGAAUUGUUUUUCACAAUAGACGAUCACUUCAAUCGAUAAAAUUUUAUCAAAUCUUAAUUCUUAUCCAAUGGAUUAUUUGUUUUCUUAUUAUGAUUCCUGGUCUUUUACUUGGGUAUUUUAAAUACUCAAAAAAUGAUUAUCUUUGUCAAGUUGAUUAUACAAGCUUAAAAAAUACUUGUAUUAAUGGUAUGUUAUCUUAUGCAUUUCCUGUGUAUGCAACUAUGGGUUGUUACUAUCAUACAUUAAGAAAAGUCAGAAAAGGAAAUCAUAAUUUAGUUCAAGCAACUGCACGACGUGAUUUAAUUGUACUUUUUCGAAUAUGUAUACUUGUUGGUUUAUUUAUGAUUAUUCCAGUACCGACAAUGAUAGGAUUUUUCAUAUAUUUUUCUUCGGGAUACUUACCAUGGUGGUUAUCACAAUUUCAAUGGUUUGCCUUUAGUUUAAUAACAAAUAUCGCUACAAUUAUUCUAAUAUUAAUAUCUCCUCAUGUUCGAAUUUUAUGGACAAAAACUUUUCAUCGUCCUCGCCAUCAUCCAGUGGCUAUUGUAUUUGCUAAUAACAUACGCAAUUAA